AUGGUUGUCGAAGACCCUGAUCACGGUGUUGGGCUCAAGCAAACGAAAGAGAUGCCAACUCUGUCCGCCGAAGAAAUACCUCCCAUGACUUUCCACUCAUUCCCGAACCUCGCAACAGAACUUCGACUCAAGAUCUGGAAGGCAGCUUGUUUCCCUUACGCGGCCACCCAACGCGGCCUCCACUACAUCAAUCUGGAAUCCAUUGGGGGCAACGAGAUAUCUGGGGAAUUGGUCACGGAGAUGGCCGCAAUGGAGAUGAAGGCACUUCAUCCCGAUUUCCAGACCUCGUCCAAUCUCCAGGGGGUUGUCGGACGCGCAAAUAGAUCUGCCUAUAUGUGGGACGCUGGUCUUUGGAAAGCUUGCAGAGAGUCAAGGGAAGUUAUCUCCAGGCACUUCAAACUAAACAUUUGGGGUGAUAUUCAAGAAAAAGACCUCGACCUCCUCGACUUGGAUGAGUGCCUCAGUAAGGCUUGCCAACUAUACCCCUGGAAGCCGCGGUAUGAAGAAUUGGAAGACGACGAGGAGCCGUAUGAGGAGCGACCAGGUCUUGGAAGCUCAGCUCGUAAGCCUGAGCCCUUUCUUCCUACCUGCCUUUUUUCUCGCAACCAAGAGCAUGCAGAGCGCUUUAUGGUCAUGCCAACUCGAGACCUAUUUUGCAUCAAGAGCCUCGGUAGAGGGGAUUUACCAGUCACUAUGCAGGCUCCUCGACUUCAUGUUCCCUGUCCCAAUCACCAGGAAAUCGUCCUACUGCACUCGUUCAAUCUUGUCCUUGAGUUCAACACGAGUUGGCUUGAUGAUUUCCCUGAGAGCUGGAACAAACUCAAGGAGGAAGAGUCACUGCGAGGCCUUUUUGCGACUUGGGCUGAAGGUUGCAUGAGGGGCCGUGGUAAUGCGCCGUGUAUCUAUCUUCUCAAAAAGGCUGCUCGUUGGGGGCCACAUUGGUGGGUGAAAGACGGUAUAGUCUUUCAUGAUUGCGACGAUGCGUACGUGGAAGUUGAUAAUGAAUUCUUCGGCUUCUAUCCGGGUAAGCCAGCAGAGGCCUCCGCCAUGCUAGACUUUCUCUGGCGUGUUUGGGCGCUUCGGUCCGUUGCAUUUUGCGAGGACUGUACCAACGACCAAAUAUGUGAAAUAUGUCAGCUCGAUCCAGAUUUUGAUAUGACUGAGUUUGUCAAAGUUCUCGUUCGCCACGAAAAGGAACCUGCUCGAGUUCAAAUCGAGGAUCGAGUUGAUGAACUGGACGAAUUGGCAAAAGACAACGACUGUGAAAUCGAGCAUGAGAGCGAAGACAACAAGGAAGUCCAAGAGGCAUCUGAGUCUUAG